UAUGUUGAGCAGUCUCUUACAAUGACACAAGCUACAAUGCAGACCUUAUUCCUAUGUAUUUUGCUAUAUUGCUCUGUCUCAGGACUAAUUUUACCCAUGACAAAGCCAGAUGGCAGUGCUGAUCUCUCCAGUGUACUGAGUCACGUCGUAUUGCUUGAACAGUCCAUGGCAAGCUUUAAGACAACCACAGGGAAGCUGCAAACAGAUCUACAGGUAACAAAACAAGAUCUACAGAGUACAAAAACAGAGCUGCAAACCACAAAAACAGUUCUACAGAACACCCAAACAGACUUACAAACAAGCCAAUCCCUACAACAAUUGGCCAGUGCUGAAAUUACCUCUCUGAAGUCUGAGAUGGCAAUGCUGAAGGCUGAACUGAAGUUGUCUUCGAAUGAGUUGAACCAGGUGAAGUCUGAACUGAGAGACUUGAAACUGGAUAAACUUAAUGCUAACUUUCUGUUGAACAUCACGAUGGAUUCUAUGAGUCGCAAUAUCAAGCAGAACUCCGUGCAGGUAAAUGUAGUACAAUCAGAUGUUUGGGCGUUAGAUAAACAGCUGCAUCGAGUAAACUCUACACUGUAUGAUGUCAAGAAUGAAGAAGAGGGUUUCAUCCGAAAUACGUCAUCGUCAAUCAAAAUCAUUACAAACCAGUUGCUGGUUGAGAUCACGGACAUGGUGUCCACAAAAGAAGUGUUACAAAAUGCGUCAAAACAGCUGGAAAGACUUGGGACAGAAAUGAACCAAACAACUGUUGAUAUGCGCAAUGUUCAACAAGGUCUUCAGACAGUCAAGGAUAAUCUACACACAGCACAGUAUAAUAUCAGUUUCACAAGCUCAGAAGUGGCAGGUUUGCAACGUGACAUGUCUAGUGUACAGAAGCAGUCUCUGGGUAACACCAAGUCGCUGUCACAAGUCAUACAAGACGUUGCGUCAAAGACAAGAACUGUUGCCUUCCGCACAGAGAGUCCCCCUGACACUGCCAUCGGACCCCCGCUUAUCUUUGACUUCACUGUCUACAAUGUAGACUCCUGCUAUGACGAGAACACAGGGAAGUUCACCGCGCCAGUCUCUGGAACCUACAUGUUCUACACAAAUCUAGCAUUGAAGGUGUCCAACCCAUUCGGCACGUACAUCCACAUAAUGAAAACUGGCUCCACCAUAAUCGGGUUCGGGACAGCAAAGACGGGCAGCGACCACUCGGCUGCAUUUUCUGUUGCCCCCAUCCUCAAGGGUGAACAGGUGUGGGUGGAGACAACCCAGUCAAUCAAAAUCGAUCACAGUUCAUCAGCAUCAUCCUUUGGUGGGUUCCUGGUGUCCGUGGAUUCAUCGACUCACGUUUAAGAAUAAGUCGAGGCACUUGUCCCAUCAUUGUCAAUACUUCACAAGUUUUGUACACACCGUUGGAUACAUACGAGCACUUUGUAGGUGUAGUAGAGCUCAGGGCUGAUCUAUUUUAGUCAGCUGAUGACAAGAGGCCGUUUUGAACUGCUGAAAGUCAAAUGAGUGAGUGAGUUGGGGUUAAUGACACUUUUAACAGAAAUCCAGUUAUAUCGCGGUGUGUCAGCUUAAUGUGGGGGAAAAGCCCAGAGUGAUGCAGGUUACAAACGUUUACCCCCGAGCAUGGGUAUGGUGCUGACAAACCUAGAAACAUAAUCAGGGCAAACCGGGAUUCGAACCCAAAAUCAUAGGUUUCUGGCGUUCCCAGGGGAUGCAUCUCUGCACAGGGAAAAAGUCAAAUGGCGAACCGUUCCCUUGUCUGACACUGAGCAAUGUGUAGAGUUGACUGGCGCAAUGCUUUGCAUGAGAAAUAUUGUCGUUUUUGCAAUGUAAGUUGAGCCUCCCAUUCGUCUGAGCACCCGCUGGUGUCCCUCCCUCUAGAACCUGGUCUUGUCUUUAUUCUUCUUUGAUAGGCAUUUAGAAGUUGGAGUACUAAGUAAGGAUAAGAUUUAUGGAUGAACAACUUCUUUAUUACAAUUAAGCGCGACGUUU